ACUUAAAAGUUCUCUUCUGUCUGAAUUUUCUUCUGAAAAUAAUUCUAUUUCCAGGUUGCUGUAUUUACUUCAGCAAGAAACCUCCAGCACAGAACUGAGAACAGAAUGCGCAGUGGUCCUUGGAAGCCUUGCAAUGGGUACAGAGAAUAAUGUCAAAUCCCUACUAGACUGCCAUAUUAUCCCAGCCUUAUUGCAAGGAUUACUGUCGCCAGAUUUGAAGUUUAUUGAAGCUUGCCUGCGAUGUCUCCGUACCAUUUUCAUCAGUCCUGUAACUCCAGAGGAUCUACUAUACACAGAUGCUACAGUUAUCUCCCACCUCAUGGCACUGCUCAGUAGGUCUCGAUAUACACAAGAAUACAUAUGUCAGAUCUUCUCACAUUGCUGCAAACUUCAACACUGGCAUAGCUGCGGCUUUAAAUCAUUGCCUCAGCCACUUCUGUGUGCCAAUGGUCCAGAUCACCAGACAAUCUUAUUUAACCAUGGAGCUGUUCAGAAUAUCGCACAUCUGUUAGUCUCCACCUCCUACAAAGUUCGAAUGCAAGCAUUGAAAUGCUUCUCAGUUCUAGCCUUUGAAAACCCACAGGUAUCAAUGACUCUUGUAAAUGUGUCGGUUGAUGGAGAAUUGUUACCGCAAAUUUUUGUGAAGAUGUUACAAAGGGACAAGCCUAUUGAAAUGCAGCUCACAUCAGCCAAAUGCCUUACUUCCAUGUGCAGAGCUGGAGCAAUACGGACAGAUGAUUCUUGCAUCGUUCUUAAGACUCUGCCAUGUUUGGUUCGAAUGUGUAGUAAGGAAAGACUGCUGGAGGAGCGAGUAGAAGGGGCAGAAACACUGGCCUAUUUGAUUGAAACAGAUGUGGAGCUCCAGAGGAUUGCCAGCAUUACCGACCACCUCAUUGUCAUGCUUGCUGACUACUUCAAGUAUCCCAGCUCAGUGAGUGCAAUCACUGAUAUCAAGAGGCUUGACCAUGAUUUGAAGCACGCCCAUGAACUGCGCCAGGCUGCUUUCAAGCUUUAUGCUUCCCUGGGAGCAAAUGAUGAAGAUAUCCGAAAAAAGAUCAUUGAGACCGAAAAUAUGAUGGACCGUAUUGUUAAUGGCUUGUCUGAAUCCAGUAUCAAGGUGCGAUUAGCUGCAGUCAGAUGUUUGCACAGUUUGUCCCGUUCUGUACAGCAGCUCAGGACAAGUUUUCAGGAUCAUGCUGUAUGGAAACCUUUAAUGAAGGUUUUACAGAAUGCUCCAAAUGAAAUUCUCGUAGUAGCAUCUUCCACGCUAUGCAAUCUUCUUCUGGAAUUCUCUCCAAGCAAGGAGCCUAUUUUAGAAUCAGGAGCCAUAGAACUUCUAUGUAGUUUAACACAGAGUGAAAAUCUUGCCUUGCGAGUGAACGGCAUUUGGGCUUUAAUGAAUAUGGCAUUUCAAGCGGAACAGAAGAUCAAAUCAGACAUCUUACGAGGUCUGAGUACAGAGCAGUUAUUCCAGUUGCUUUCUGAUUCCGAUGUGAAUGUUCUGAUGAAAACUUUGGGACUGCUCAGGAAUCUUCUGUCUACUCGCCCACACAUAGAUCAUAUAAUGAGCACUCACGGGAAGCAAAUCAUGCAAGCAGUGACCCUCAUUCUGGAAGGGGAGCACAACAUAGAAGUCAAAGAGCAGACAUUAUGUAUACUUGCCAAUAUAGCAGAUGGAACGACAGCAAAAGAACUGAUUAUGACCAAUGAUGACAUCCUGCAGAAAAUCAAAUACUACAUGAGUCAUUCAAAUGCUAAACUUCAGCUUGCUGCCAUGUUCUGUAUAUCUAAUCUCAUAUGGAAUGAAGAAGAAGGUUCACAAGAACGCCAAGAUAAACUACGAGACAUGGGAAUAGUAGAUAUUUUGCAUAAAUUGAGUCAGUCAUCGGAUCCAAAUCUAUGUGACAAGGCGAAGACAGCACUCCAGCAGUAUCUUGCAUGAUCAAAGACUAAUUGAAUCUAUGGACACCCCUCAUGUCUACUUAAGGAAUAGCAGGAGAUAUUCCUGACUCCUUAUAUUUGCACAAGUCACCUUGGGCUGCAUUUUUCUCAGGUGCAGGGAGCUGCUUUGCAGAAACAGUUUAAAUGAUCAGGUCUCCAGUGCACUUGAGAAUUUUCUUGAGGUAGUUUCUUUACUCAGAGGACUCUUGGGGGGUUGUUUUGGUUUUUUGGUUGGUUUUUUUUUUCCUGAGCUACCUGGACUUUCGGAUAGAACAAUCAGUCAUCAUUUUCCUUUUGGGCCUACAAUUUUCUGCUUUUGCUGCAGCCUGCGUGUGUGGAUGUGUGUGGGUGUGCUUGAGUGUGUGCAUGUGCUUGGGAGAAUGUGUGUGGGUGUGAUACCUCAAUUUUGUUUUUCCUUUUUUUUGUGUGAAAAUCUUUUUCUACAGGUUUUCAAGGGUUAACCAUUGUUUGCUGUACGAAUACUUCAAUGAAUUAUAUACAGUUUGAAUGAAAUGUUAUUUAAAAAAAAAAAACCAAACUGUUGUAUCCCAUAAAGUUUAUUUUGAAUUUUGAACAGAUGAAUGUUUUUAAGUAAAAUAUAUGCAUUUCUGAAC